UUCCAGCCGAACAAGUUUGUCAAACGGACCUGAUCUCACGCUGAGGGUCAGAUGUUAUGAGGAUGAGAAGGUAGCGUUGACAAGAUGUCAAGUUUCUCCAGAUCUGCUCAGCAAUGGGCGACCUUCGCCCGUUCCUGGUUCGUCGUUGAUGCCAGGAUGCAGCCGCCAGGCAAGAUUGCAACCAUGUGUGCUGUUAGAUUACAAGGGAAGCACAAGCCCAUCUACCAUGCUCUGAGUGACUGUGGAGACCACGUGGUUGUAAUAAACUCCAGAGAGAUAGCUUUCUCUGGGAACAAGUGGGAGCAGAAAGUUUACUCUUCACACACGGGGUUUCCAGGUGGAUUCAAACAAGUCACAGCAGCUCAGCUUCACCAGAAGGAUCCAAAAGCUAUUAUAAAGUUGGCUGUUUAUGGCAUGCUUCCCAAAAAUCUGCAAAGACGUAUCAUGAUGCAACGAUUGCACAUCUUUCCUGAAGAUGUGCUGCCAGAUGCCAUCCUAGCCAACCUUACAGAGGAGCUUCCUCAACCCAGAGAGAUCCCCCGGAAACUCAGCGAGUACACGCAGGAGGAGAUCGAUGCCUUCCCCAGGCUCUGGACGCCACCUGAAGACUAUAAGAUGAAAUGAAAUCAAAGCAGCUCAACGUGACAAAAGCAGUUUUUUUUUUUUUUUAAAUAUUGAACACUGAAAACAGCAGUAUCCUCAAGUUUGACAAUAUUAUCCAUAGGUAAAAAAUGCUAAAGGAUUUAAACAAAACACAAAUUAUGGUCUGGUGUCAUAAAAAGUCAAAAAAGCUUUUUGUUUUUGUUUGUGUAAAUCAACUUUUCAUUCCAAAAACUGGAGUCAAAGCUGGCCUGGACUUGGAGCACUAAGCCCCGACUCGGAUGCCAACAGCACUCCACCCUUCCCUCUCUGAGGGGUGACACACACAACCCCUCUGUCAGCGGUAUUGGCCCCGACAUGACCACAGGAGACCUGAAUUAUCCAGGAACAGCUUGAGAUUUCACCACGUGGCUCCGCUCUGAUCAGAGAAAAAUCAGAAGCUGUGGCGUGUCCUCUGAUUAUAUCACCAAGGAACCAUCAGAUCUGGCCCAUGAAAAUGACAUCUGUUAGAAUUAAUUAAUGUGCCACCAUGAUAAUACCAACGUGCUGCAAAUGUUAACUUUGGUCAGGACUCGUCUUCUUGCGUUUCCAUAAAUGUACGAAGUCUGUGUGUGGAUUGUAAAAUCAACAAUUAAACAUUUUAAUGAAA